AUGGAAAAUCAGCAAACAAAUAGUAAAUCUUAUCAAAAAGCAAAGGAAAUGUAUAACCAACUGAAGAAAAAAGAUAUUUCAAUUACUACAGUUUGGAAACAUUCAGAAGAUCUAGCAAAAUUGGCUAUACUGAAUUGUGUUGAUGAGCAAGCUAUCAAAUGUAUUUCAAUUCAUGCAACAGCAAAUGCUGCUAAAGAUCAUUUUAUAGCAUCAACUACACAUGUUGAAUCCAAUAUCGGAGCAUCUAAAAAUUUAAACCUAGAUCAACCACUAAUUCAGAGUAAAUUAACAGAAGAGAUUGAAGAAGAUAAUUACAAUGUGCUCAAUAAUGAUCGAAAUGACCAAACGGAGGAAUGCUAUGACAAUAAUGACAUAGAUGAAGAGGAUACUUUGACUGAAGAAAUACCAACAGAAAAUUUUGAGGAAGUGGAUCUU